UUUAAAUUUCGAUUUUCGUUUAGGAAUGGGGGUUGGAGUGUCACUCUGAGGAAUUUGAUUAGCAAAUUCUGCGAAGAGAAAUCAUCAAUCAUGGCAAGCGAUCGAAAACCCAAACGAACUUCACCCUCCCAACACCAAGAUGAAAAGAAAAGCAAGAGACAUAGAACGGUAGAGGAUGAGGAAAGGAAGAAACGGAAGAGGGAAAAGAAAGAGAAAAGUAAGGACAAGAAAUCUCAUAAGCAUUCCAAAGAAAAAUCUGACAAGGGGAAGUCGAAAGAUAAGCACAGGAGCAAACAUAGUAAAAGUGAUGGCCAUAUGGGAUUUCAAGAAUUGUCAAAGGAUGACUAUUUUGCGAAGAAUAACGAGUUUGCUACCUGGCUGAAGGAAGAGAAGAGCGUGUUUUUCUCUGAUCUUUCGUCCGAAUCAGCGCAUGAAAUGUUCUCAGAUUUUGUCAAAGCUUGGAAUAAAGGAAAGCUGGAUUUGCAUUACUAUGAAGGCAUUGCAAGUGGGCCUCGCACAUCCCAUAACUGGAAUAUCAAGAAGUAGCUUUAAACGUGUAAGAGCAAUCAUUCGGAUCCAAUCUCUGUAUAACUUUUGUUUAGAUUUCCUUUCUAACUACCAAGUUGAAACUUUUUUAUCUGUGUAAAUGACAAUUCUGCAUCAAUCUUGAAUAGUUUGUGGGGCUAAAAGGAAAAAUGGUACCAUAACAAGAACAGGUGAGUUACAAAAAUCUUAGGGGAUUUAGGUAAUAUUUGCAGUGGCGAGUAGGCAUGUCACUUACCCUAACUUUGUUUUCUGUUAAUCAAUCUGACUGAUUAUAAGAUAACCCAAGGAUGAUGGAUAAAUGUUGGAUUGUUUUUUUUUGUACCGAAAAGAUUUGUAUCGGUUCAUCUAUGUAAAUUGUUAAUGAAUCUUGGAUUGCUUUGAA